GGAAAGUAAGACAAGAUCUUGGCCUUUGGCAAAGGUAGCAAAUCUAAGGCUGUCUGCGGCCGCAAAUAUCUGCCAACUCUUAAUCUUAUUUCUUAACCACAAUUUCUUUGAUUUUGGUAGCACUGACUUUGGCGCUUUCUCUAAACUGAUUUUGCUACGCCUGGAGCCCUCCUUCCCUCCCCGCCCCCAAACCUAAAUAACUUCACAUUCAGAAUUUCAAGCGAAGAAGGAAUUUUUGCUGCUUACAAUGGAUGAAGAUAGAAUAGUGCUCGUUUUGGCGAAGACCUCAGAGUUAAGGUCCAAGAUUAUCAGCUGCAUUCAGAAUACAGCUUCUAAUGUAGACAGAGAAAGUGGAGAGAGCGAGUCCAAGGAAUCUGAAGCAAACCCAGAUACACAGAAUCAAGAAAACGAUGUCGAGGAAGAAGCUGAGAGUCUCCUCAACAUUAAAGACGCUCUUGAAUCCCUUGAAGCGCAGCUGUCUUCUUUGCAGGCACUGCAGCAGCAACAAUGGUACGAAAAAGAAGCAGCCUUGGCUGAAAUCGAAUACAGCCAGAAGAAGUUGCUCAAAGAGCUGAAGGAAUACAAAGGCAAGGACUUGGAAGUCAUACAUGAGGCAGUGGCUUUUGCCAGCGAAACGGAGGACAACAACGAUCUCCUUCUCCCUCCAUAUCCAAGCCGGCCUUCCCAAUCCAUCGUGUCCAAAAACGGCUACCUCUCUACUUUCACCUCCUCCAGGAGAUCCCCUCAGAAUGGGUUUGCAAGUGGUGGCCCGAAAAAUCUCCCCAAAAAUGUUCACAAUUCGGAGGCCGGGGGCACAUUCAAGUCGGUCAGAGUCUUGUUAGGCACGGCAGCUAAGACGGCCAUGACCGUAGUCGGGGUGAUCACCAUCUUGAGCUUGGCGGGCUUCGAGGCGCGACUGGGGAAACGGGAUAGCCGGUUCAAGUUCUCGGAUCUGUUUCAGCAGCGACGGGACGAGGAGAAGGGGAGCAACGCGGAGUGCCCGCCGGGGAAGGUCCCCGUCGUUGAGAACGGCGAGACGAGGUGCGUUGUGAAAGAGAGAGUUGAAGUUCCAUUUGAAUCUGUUGUUUCUGUUCCAGACGUGAGUUAUGGCUGUGGUUGAAUUGUGUAAAAAUAUUUUGCACUUUAACCAUAAAAAGGAGCGGUAAAAAAGAAAUGCUAGGACUCAUUUUUCUUUACAUUUUUGUUGUAUAUCCUAAUCUCUGUUUUUGUCUCACUGCCUUUGUGAUUGACUUGUCUUAAUUUUUUAUUUGAAAUCGGGCCCUUUGCUUCCA